AUUAUGUGUAAUCCCCACAUAGGGUCAAUGGGUAUGUGAUUGAUGACCAAUAGAAUAUGCCAGCGGUAGAUGAACUUGAAUUCUACAUCGUGUUCUAACCCAAUUUCUAUUCUGAGCAUAUUUGCUGCGGUGAUAGGCACACAAACUGGAAAUAAAGCUGCGGCGAAUGUCUAAAAGCGGUGUGGGGGAUGCUACUCAAGCAAUUUGACAUGGGUUAUCAUAUUGUGCACGGAGAACACUUUGAGCCUGUCUACACCCAUUUCUGAUCGUACAGGCGAUUUUUCACCAGCAGCAUUGCUGCCAAAACGUAAAAUGGUGGGCAUAAAAUUGCUUCAUGGUAAUCUCAUCUAUCAAAGAAAAAAAACAUUCAGGUCGCACGAGUAGAUAAAAAAAAAAAAACUACACUUUUACCCAUGGCCGUCAGAGUAGGGCGCUUAGGGCAGGAAAUAAAAGUAGAGGUGAUGUAAAGCACGUCUAUACGCUAUGUACUUUCAUAACUUUGCAUUUGAGUUUACUGACUAUGCUAAGUGUUGGGUGUUUCUUUCACGGUGCACUCCACAAUCUACUUGCGAAUGCGUGUUAGUAAUAAUUCCAAGCUCGUCAUCAUGGUGUAUGAUAAAAAUUAAUAGCACUGGAAUAUCAUCCUGUGAACUCAUUUUUAUUUGUAUUCAUGAUUUUCUGACACAUAUUGAAUCUGAUCUUCGAUCCUGUAUUCACAUAGGUUACAAAGUCACUCGGCACCCCCUUUACCACAUAUCACCCCGUUCCUUUUUAUAA